UACUACAUGUACUCGCUAAAAUAUACAUAUAUAUAUGGUAUAAAUAUAAUAGUAUAGAGCAGUACAUCGAGUAUAUCAUAGACUAAAUUUUUACACCAUAUAUAUCGUCCCAGUCGUGUGCCGGCAGCCAAACGAUCAUUAUCACGAUUCAUAAUAUCAAAUCUGCCAUAUUUUUUUUUUGUGUUAUCAGUUAAUUAAAAAAAAAAAAUACAUACAAAUUGUGUACAAAUUUUACAUAAUCUUAAGUAAUUUACUUUUAAGUGACUAAGAUAUUAAUUAUAUUAUGGAUAGAACACGACUGAGCUAUAUAACAGCCUUAGCAAUAGGAACAACAACUUUAGUAAUGUUUGCCUGGUGGUGGUGGCGACAGAGAAAAAAUUACAAAUUACCCAGCAAGUGGCGUAAAGUCGGCGAACUGAGCAACAUAUUUGUGUUCCCAGUUAAAUCAUUAGGCUGCAUACGUGAGACAGCAAUCGAAUGCACCCAAUUGGGAUGUAAAUCUGGAUGGCUGCGUGAUCGCACACUUAUGGUUAUAGAUUUGUCAGGUAAAUUUGUAACGGGCCGGCAAAUACCGCGGAUGGUCCAAGUGACCCCAAGCGUAGCGGGUUCAGUCUUGACUCUCCGUGCACCAGGAAUGAUGACCAUUAGCACAGAUCUAGCUCAGAUUGGAAACAAAAGCUUUAAAGCAUCGGUAUGGAAUCAGUCAGUUCCUGCUUGCGAUUGCGGUGAAGAAGUUGCCCGCUGGCUGUCCCGCUUUCUUCUUCAAGAGGACACUGGCCUCAGGCUGGUCUACUAUCCACUUGAUGGACCGUAUCGCGAUGUUAGAAAGCAAAAUCGAGGAUAUCCUCUCACGGAAAAUGCCGAUGUCGGUGCGUAUCCAGACGCAACAGCUUAUACAUUAAUGAAUGAAGCCUCAAUAAAUGAUUUGAAUACUCGUAUAGAAGAUCCAGUAACUCCAUUACAAUUUAGGCCAAAUUUUGUAGUAAAAGGUGCGGAACCUCUAGAGGAAGAUUCUUGGGAUUGGAUUAAAAUUGGCGGAGUUUUAUUUCGCAAUGUAAAACCUUGUACCAGAUGUAUAUUUACAACUGUUGAUCCAGAUUUAGGUGUUAAGCAUCCUAAAGUGGAACCAUUGAAAACAUUAAGAAAAUACAGACAAAUGGAAGAUCCUAUAUUACGUACUCUAACGGGAGAUGUUCCUGUUAUGGGUGUUCAUUUGGGACUAAAAGGACCAAACGGUGUCGUAAGAAUUGGAGACCCAGUUUAUGUAGGAAUCACUGAAGAAGAUAAUCCUUCAGUGUCACCUCCAUAGCUAAAGCGUUGGGACUCAUGCGAGUGCAUUUGUCCCAAUUUGCCACAUUCACCUCACAAAUCUGGCAGUUAAUUGUAAAUUAUUACUAUAACUAUAAUUUUAUUUUUAAUAAUAACAAUAAUUACUUUAAUUAACUGUAAUACAAAACAAGUGAAUAUGUAAUUUUUUAUGUGGUUUAAAAAAUAUUUAUAUAUUUUUAUAAAGUUUACAAGUACAAACUUUGUAAUAAAAAAACAUAA